AUGCUAACGCCUCAGGCGGCGCUGGAGGCCUUUGUGAAACGCAUGCAGGCGAACGAGAAAUCGUCCGCCGCCGAGCUGCUCGACCUCUCGCAACUGAGCGCCGUCGCCGCCGACAGCCGCGGCGCCGACCUUGCUUACAAGCUCUUCCGCCUGAUCCCCGCGGUCGGCGACCCGCCAACCCAGGGCGGCGAGAGCGAGAUCAACCCCUGGUACCUUCAAAAAGAAGGCUCUUCGGCCAAGGUCGAUUUCGAGAAGGCGGAGUCCAACCCCGACUACGAGCAGUCGUGGUCGCUGGAGAAUUGGCUUCUCUACUCGGCCCCGGAAGCCGAGCAGAUCACCAUCGCGCGCGACGGCGUCGGCCGCUGGCGGUUUAGCGCCGAGACGGUCGCUGUCAUCGACCCCCUCUACGAGCAGUUCGAGAAGCGGAUCGACGAACUCGCCGAGAAGCGCGCCGAGUUGACUGCCGCCAAUGGCGACACGACCGCGACCGAAACCGAACCGACCGAGACCUUCGGCGUCUGGGUCCGCAAGCAGUUCCCACAGAGUUGGCGGACAACGCACUUCUUGCUGCCGACCUACCAGUGGUUGCUGCUCGCCGCGUUCAUCCCGCUAGGCUGGCUCGCCGACUGGCUGACGCGGAGGGUGAUGACCUGGAUCGGCGACAUGCUCCUGUUUCGGAUCGACCCCGAUUUCGUCGAAGAGCACAAAACCACCGCCGGCGUUUGGCAACCGGUCGGCCGCCUCGCCAACGCCGCGGUCUGGGUGUUUGGGGCGCGGUUUAUUGAGUUGUCGCCCACCCUUACGAGCAUCCUGCUAAAUGGGUUGGUGAUCGUGACCAUCGUCGCCGCCGUGCUCGCGCUCUUCCGCGUGCUGGACCUGGUCGGUGAUUAUUUCACCCGCCGCGCGAAGAGAAGCAGCCGACAGUUCGAUAACCUCUUCAUUCCGCUGGCGAACUCUACCGCCAAGAUCGCGAUUGGCGUGGUUGGCGUGAUCGCCACGAUCGCGACCUUCAGCGAUGAACUCCCUUCCACCUUGCUCGGCGGUCUGGGCAUCGGCGGUAUCGCGAUCGCCUUGGCGAGCCAAGAGACGCUCUCGAACUUCGUCGGCUCGAUCACGCUCCUCUUCGAUCGGCCCUUCGAGGUCGGCGACUACGUAAAGAUCGACAACGUGGAGGGUUCCAUUGAAUCCCUCGGCUUCCGCAGCACUCGGAUACGCACCCCGCUCGACUCGGAGGUGACGCUCCCCAACAGCAAGCUGGCGUCGUCGAGCAUCGACAACCUCGGCCGCCGCAAGUACCGCCGCUACCUGACGUGGUUGGGCGUCGAGUACAGCACCACGCCCGAGCGGAUCGAAGCCUUCUGCGAGGGCAUCCGUGAGCUCAUCCGCCGGCACCCCCACACCCGCAAGGACUUCUACGCGGCGUACCUGCACAACUUCGGCGCCAACUCGCUCGACAUCCAGCUGCUGGUCUUCUUCGAAGUGCCCGACUACGCCACGGAGCUGCGCGAGCGGCACCGGCUGCUGGCCGACGUCCUCCGGCUGGCGGCGGAGCUCGGCGUCUCGUUCGCUUUCCCGACGCAGACGCUCUACCUCCAAAAGGGCGAGAAGUGCGAGGUCCCCGAGCUCAGCGACGAAACCCCCGACCGCAGCGGCGCCCGCACGGCCGCCAAGAUCGCCGGCGAGCUGCCGAACUACCAGGACCGCCCCGGGGUUAACGCCGCCCCGGAACCUCUCCACUCGCCGCCCGAGCGGCUACAAUCUCCCGCAGCUGCCAACCGCACCUACCGGAAUCGCCGCGUGAUGACUCCCCUCUUCGCUGCCAACCCGCUCACCGCUGCCCCCCUUGCUGCUCAGGCCGCUCCGCUUCUCGCCCAGGGUCUGGCCGAGAAUCUCUUCGUGCAGGCGGUCCUGGUCGUCGUCAUCAUCGGCGCCGCGCUCCUGCUGGCGUUCUUCUUGCUCAACUACGGGCGCGUCUGGCUGCAGGCGUUCAUGUCGAACGUCCCGAUGAACCCGUUCGACCUGGUGUUCAUGAGCCUGCGCCAAGUCCAUGCGAAGACGAUCGUCGACGCCCGCAUCCAGGCGAUGCAGGCCGGCGUCGGGCAGGACCCAACCUCGGGCAUCACGACCAAGCGGCUCGAGGCCCACUACCUCGCCGGCGGCAACGUGCCGCGGGUCAUCAGCGCGAUCAUCGCCGCCCACCGGGCCGAUAUCGACCUCGACUUCGACCGCGCCGCGGCGAUCGACCUCGCCGGCCGCGACGUGCUCGACGCCGUGAAGACCAGCGUCUAUCCGAAGGUGAUCGACUGCCCCGACCCGGAGAAGUCGCCGCGAUCGACCCUCAGCGCCGUGGCGAAGAACGGCGUCGAGGUGAAGGUCCGCGCCCGCGUCACCGUCCGCACCAACCUCAAGCAGCUCAUCGGCGGCGCCACCGAGGAGACGAUCGUCGCCCGCGUCGGCGAGGGGAUCGUCUCGGCGAUCGGUUCUUCGGAGCGGCAUAAGGACGUGCUGGAGAAUCCCGACCGGAUUUCCAAGGCGGUGCUCGCCCGUCGGCUCGACUCGCAGACGGCGUUCGAGAUCGUCUCGAUCGAUAUCGCCGACAUCGACGUCGGC